AUUAUUUAUUUUCAGAUUUAGAAUAUAAAUGUAGAUUUUGAUAAAUCCGAUUGAUUGAUAUUGAGUUUAUUAAAAAGAUAGUACUGAUAAUUGAUUGAUUGAGUAUCUAAGAUGACCAUAACAUCCACCAUGAACAACAUCUCUGCUCCACUUCUCAGGUCUAAGACAAGUAUUCUGGAUAAAUCUUUAAGCCGCGGAAAGCAGGAGGUUAGCCUCUCAGCUUUUGCUCUUCUUUUCUCAGAAACCGUUCAGUAUUGCCAGGCCAGAUCUAACACAGUGCCUGAGCUACAAGCAAAACUGCAUGAUUUAGGUUGGCAGGUCGGGGCUAGAAUCUUAGUUCUAGUUUUAUAUAAUAUAUUGAAGUUAUUGAAUGUGUUGAUGAUGGUUAAGUCUACCCUAUGGAAAACAUUGUUCGGGAAGGAAGCAGAUAAGCUUGAGCAUGCUAAUGAUGAUGAGAGAACAUAUUAUAUAAUUGAAAAAGAACCCCUGGUGAACAAGUUCAUCUCUGUGCCAAAAGACAAAGGGAGCUUGAACUGUGCUUCGUUUAUGGCCGGCGUUAUUGAAGCUGUUCUUGAGGGAGCCAACUUCCCAGCUAAGGUUUCAGCACAUUGGCAUAAG